UUUACACACUGACUCUGAUUGGUGACCGGCCGUCAUGCACAGCAGUACUGGCCUUUCUAAUUAGCCCAGGGAUGUUUGACCCUCCCAUUGAGCAAGAUGGGCUGUGCAAACACACCCUGCACUACCUGCUGGUCAUAUGCAGUGCAGUGAUUACACUGAGAGCAUAAAUAUUUUUACGCCACAUUGAGUCUUAACACAAACAAGCAAAAUUUGAAAUUUGCGGCCGCUAAAUAUAUCUUUCUCAGUAUCAGUAUCACCGUUACUCAGUGUCGUGCUCAUGGUUCAUGGGAGGAAAUUGGCCAAGGAGACGCUGCUGCCUUCUGUGCUGGAACAUGGUGAUGCAGACACAGAAAGUGAGAAGCCACAGCUGGGGGAGGUAGGACGCUAACAUCCAGCCAAGUGUGCAAACUGUUGAGAGAGGAGAGUGUGAACAACCAGCGAGGAGUGAUCCGGACUGAGGUCAACAUGCAGGGGCCAAACAGCCAAAACUCCAGCCCCGACAGGAAUAUGCUUAUUGGAGGUGAAAGAGAGGGUGAAGAGGAAGAGCAGGAGGAGGAGGAGGAGGAGGAAGAAGAAGAAGACAUUAAACAAGAGCAGCUGGGAGGAGAGGAUCGUGUGAACUCUGAUGAUGACUAUGACACAGAUCUGGAGCUCAGAGAUCAGGAGGAUGCAUAUGACCCGACGGGCCAGACGAGCUACAUGGAGGCGUGUGAGAAGUUACAGGUGGCACCUGCCUCUAACUUCCUGCAGCAAAUGAAAAAUAGCGAGCUGUCCAUGAUGCAUCGUGGUCUGGGGCCUAAGGGCACCGAAGCACUGGCGGUUCCCCUGGUAACCAACACUUCAAUACUGAGGCUGAACCUGCGAGAUAAUUGGAUGGAGGGAAUGGGCGGAGCUGCUAUCGCCGAGAUGUUAAAGGAAAAUUGUUACAUUACAGAGGUGGAUCUAUCCGACAACAGUCUUGGGGACUAUGGAGCCAGAGCCAUGGCUGGUAUGCUUAAAGAGAACAGCACCCUGGUGAACCUUAAUCUAUCAGGAAACAAUUUCACGGACCGGUCUGUGGAACACCUUGGCUCAGCGAUCAUCACCAACACCAAGCUGCAGCACCUCGACCUCAGCCACAACUCUCUGGGAGAGCAUGCAGGGCGAAUCCUGGGAGACUCUCUGUCAGAGAACACAGGGUUGAGAUGGCUAAGUCUUGCCUGGAACUGCAUCCGUGGGAGAGGAGCUGUGAUGUUGGCCAACGGCCUCGGGGGAAACAUUUUCCUUAAAUCCGUUGAUCUUUCUUUCAAUGGUUUUGGUAAAGAAGGAGCCAUUGCUUUAGGACAGGCUCUGAAGGAGAACAGUGUUUUGGAGGAGUUGAAUGUGAGCAACAACCGCAUACCCCCUGAAGGAGCCAUUCGCCUAGCCAUGGGCCUCAAAGUAAACAAGACAAUCAAAUCCCUGAAUAUGGGGAGGAAUCCCAUCCAGAAUGCAGGGUGCUUCGGCAUCCUGAAGUCUGUGAAGGAUAACCCAGAUUCAGCCAUGGAGGCAUUAGACUUUUCGGACAUCACAGUGAACCAGGAUUUUGAAGACAUGUAUACGGCACUGAAAGAAAAUUUCCCUGCGCUUACUGUGAUUCACGGGGGCAGAAUUGAUGAACCAAAGGACGGAUGCAUGAAAGGAUAAAAUCUUUUAUGUUAAAGAGCCAUGGGAGAAUAUUCGUCUGAAAGAAAUGCAUUUAGAUGAAAUAAAACGUGUUAAAUACCCAAUCAAUUCAAGAUAAAGAUGAUUCUGUGUGCGUGUGAGCGUGUGUGUGCUUAUGUGUGCUUGUAACACAGUGUUGUUCAAGUCAUUGAACACAGGCAUACAAUACAGGUAUUGAGUAUGAUUCUUUUUAGGUAUGAUCUGAUUUGAUGUUAUAUAAUGUCAGUGGGUAGAAUGAUGGAAAGGAUCAGAGAGCACCGCAUUGUGUAUGAAAAGAAGCGAAAGUGGGUUGCACAAAAAGGAUUUAAGUACUGCAUGACUAGUCUAAUAGAGAAACCAGCUUUAAAAGAACAGUCCACCAUUAGAUAAGAGUCCUGUUUACUGCAGCAGGACAACUCAAACAGUGAUAGAUACAGUAAGCUGUCAUUUGGAGACAUUUAUCUCUCCCACGCUCCAGCCAAAAUGAUCUCAUUGUAUUUUGAUAAUGUAAUAAUUAAUAAUAACACCAAAACUAUACUGGAAUUUGUCUAAAAUCUUACAUUGCAUGUUGUCAGUUAGACCUUUUUUUAUAAUCUUUAGAUGCAGGAAUGGAAAGCAGACAUUUAUCUCAGUGCUGUUUUGUAACAGGCUACAGUGUCCAGGGACUUUACCUGAAUUUCAGAUUUUGUACACUUGCUCAAAGGAAAGGGAAAAUAAAAUAGUACUUCUUGCUCAGCUGCCUUUAGGACAUCAAAUGACUUCAGCUGUUGAUCCUCAGCAGAGAAAACACUGGAUAAGCAGCAAAACUCAAGUUACAAUAUAUUGGAUAAUAAAUUUGAUUAUUCCGUUUAACUUUCCAGAAGGGGUCAUAAUGAGUAGGUAAUUUAAGUUCUGAUAAUAUAUGCCUGCAUUUUGUUUUCACACUUAACUCGUGGAGGAGGAAGAAUUCAAGUCAUUCAGUCAAGUGUCUCUGACCUAUUUUACCUCUUAGUCCCUGGCCUUUAAAAUUCUUCUUCUUCAUCAUCUUCUUCUUUUAUGAUUAUUAUCCUUGUUUUUGUUGUUGUUUUGUAUCAUUUAUUAUGUUUUAACCUGUCAUGAGAAUAAAACAGACUACAUAAAAAUACAUAAAGCAUAACUCAGAUUUCCAAAGCAUGCUGCCUAUGAGCCAAACAGAAUCAAAAUGAGAUAAAAUAAAAUGAUAGAAAAUAAAAUAAAAUGAA